GUCCGAUGGUGCCAGAUGUGGUGUCAGUACCCUGUCUGUCAAUUUGUCAACCCAUAUAUCUGUCUGUAUGUCUGUCUGUCUGUGACUAUCUGUAUAUGUAUCUGUCUAUAUAUCUGUGUUUCUCUCUAUUUAUCUGUAUGCCUGUCCAUGUUUCGAUCUUUCUGUCUGACCAUCUCUCUUAUCUUUAUGUCUAUCUGUAUGUCUGCCUAUAUUUCUGUCUAAUUUCUUUAGAGGGGUCACGGCCCUGUCAUUUUUUUUUCCUACAUUGCACAAAGGAGGGGCCCACACAAAGUGGGAUCGCCGUCAUAGGCUGAGCGCGGCCCUCCCCCUUCCCCUUUAAAACGCCCGACUUCUUACCUGAGUUUCACCAAAGAGCCGCACCUCCUCGUUUCAGUCGCUCAUCUGUCUUCUGUCUUUCGGCUUUCAAUUAACUGUUUCAAAAGAGAAAAGCAAGGCGCCGACCGGAUCGGACCCUCUUUCAGAACCAUCUCAGCUUUUUUAUUUUAUUUUCUAGGGCAUCAACAUUCAGUCAAGCUUGAAGAAGAAACAUUUUGUGUCAACUCUUUGUGACGACUGCGCGCCGAACAAUCGACCGAAACAAAGGAUCUUCGCCUCUCGUCCCGCUGCCUCCGUCAUAAUGCCUGGGGUUAGGGAGCUCAUGGAGCUGAGGAGGGUCCCCAUGGAGACUGAUGAUGAUAGCACCGCCAGCCUGGACGAGCAUUUCAGAGGCUCCAUUGAUGUGGAGAAGUCCACAAUCGCCAGCAGUCAAUACAUGGACGAAAAUGACGAUGGGGAAGAAGACAGGUUCUUAUCGAAUGGGCUGAUGAAGAAGAAGAAGAAAUAUGAGGAAGAAGAAUAUCAUCCGGGCCACGCUUCCUUCGGCAUGUCGGUCUUCAACCUGAGCAACGCCAUCAUGGGCAGCGGCAUCCUGGGCCUGUCCUACGCCAUGGCCAACACCGGCAUUGUUCUCUUUACAAUCCUCCUAGUCGCUGUGGCCAUCCUCUCCUUAUACUCCGUUCAUCUUCUCCUCAUGACGGCAAAAGAAGGAGGAUCUCUGAUCUACGAGACGCUGGGGCACAAAGCGUUCGGUUGGCCGGGGAAAAUGGCUGCCUUCGUAUCGAUAAUCAUGCAAAACAUUGGAGCCAUGUCCAGCUACCUCUUCAUCGUGAAGUACGAGCUCCCUGAAGUCAUCCGAGCCUUCUUACGCUUGGAGGAGAAUUCAGGGGAAUGGUACCUAAACGGCAACUACCUGGUGGUAUUCGUGUCCAUCGGAAUUAUUCUGCCGUUGUCCCUCCUGAAAAAUCUGGGUUACCUGGGCUACACCAGUGGUUUUUCACUGUCUUGUAUGGUCUUCUUCCUGGCUGUGAUUAUCUACAAGAAGACCCAGCUGCCCUGCCCUCUCCCUUUCAUGUACUCGUCCAACCUCAGUACGAACGCCAGCGACAUGUCCAGGCUGUACGCGCUACGACACAACAUGUCGCAGAUGGACUUCUCGCAGGCCGACGUCUCCCCAGUGGUCACCAGCAACCAGGGCGACCACCACGCCACGGGCGUCCACUACGAGCCUCACCCCGACGACGAGGAAAUGUGCCGGCCCAAAUACUUCGUCUUCAACUCUCAGACUGCAUACACGGUCCCCAUCCUGGCCUUUGCAUUUGUCUGCCAUCCUGAGGUGCUGCCUAUCUACAGCGAGCUAAAAGAUCGCAGCCGGAAAAAAAUGCAGCGCGUCUCCAACCUGUCCAUCCUCGCCAUGCUCAUCAUGUACAUGCUGUCGGCUCUGUUCGGCUACCUCACCUUUUAUGACUUUGUGGAGGCCGAGUUGCUGCACACCUUUACCAAAGUUUACAAGUUUGACACCAUGCUGCUGCUGGUGCGCCUGGCUGUCCUCACCGCCGUCACGCUCACUGUCCCCAUCGUGCUUUUCCCUAUCCGCUCCUCCAUCACCACGUUGCUCUUCAAGGGCCGUGACUUCAGCUGGACCCGCCACUUGGUGAUCGCCGCGCUCAUCCUGGCCUUCAACAACAUGCUGGUCAUCUUCGUUCCCACAAUCAGGGACAUCUUUGGCUUCAUCGGUGCUUCUGCAGCUACAAUGCUCAUCUUCAUCCUUCCUGCUGCCUUCUACCUCCGCCUGGUUAAGUCGUUACCAUACAACUCCUGGCAGAAGGUUUCGGCGGCGGUCUUCCUGGCCGUGGGGGUGGUCUUCAUGAUUGGCAGCUUGUUUCUUAUCGUUCUCGACUGGAUCCAUCACCCACCCGGCACCAGCCACGCCCACUAAAGACCCCCCUCCUUCUCACGUUCGGAUUUAUAUCUAAGACAGCAGCAGCCAUCCUUUCCCAACCACACCACAAUCUUCGUUACUUCCCUCGACUGAAUUAUUCAGACAAUCUCCAGCGUAUCGACCGGAUUCUCUGCAUCCUCAGAACAUCAUUUGGAGGACUUUUUUUUUUUUUUUCCCUCUUUUGUACGUUAGAAUGUAACAACUUCAGACUUUGACGUAAAUACGCCGUUACAGGCGGUCUGGAAUCAUCAUCGCGAUGAAGAUAUCGUACUUCCAGCUGUGAAGAUGCUGAGCAAAUCUUUCACUUUGAAGAGCAGCGUUGUGAUUGGACCGCAGGGCUGGAAAAGGCAACGGCGUUUCCCGCCGUUCUCCUCCUCCUUCUGAAAUUAAGCUACAUUUACAAAUGGAGUGUGUCGUCACCCAUGACAAACAAGCACUUGGAUUACUUUUCACUUUAUGUGGAGAUGCAGUAGACGCCUCCACUCGUAUAAAAAAUAUGCACACAUGUAUUUCUUUAAGCUACUGUCCAUGAAAUUAAUCAACAAAGACGGUUAAGCGGAAAAAUCAUCUUCUUUUUCCCCCCCACUUAAAUUGAUUAAAAACAAUAACAAAUCAGAAACCUUGCCAAAGUCUGCAUUCGUCAGGGACGAUCGUCUUGACCAGCUGCGUACAAGAAGGUGCUUUCAGUAUUGCUGUCAUACAGAACUCUGAACAUGGAGGAGACGGAGGUACAUAAUCACCUGUAGCUACUGCAUUAAGUAGCAUUGUACAUAUCUCAGGCGACCUAUCAGAGUUCUCUGCUGUUCAGGUGAAAACGAAGACGAACGAUCAUUUUCAAACAACAUGCCUGCUGGAAUAACCUAUGAGACACAUAAAGUAGGGCUAGACUGCUGGAUGGAGAAUCUCUUGUUACUUUUACACAGAGUUAGCUGAAACAUCCAGAGGCAGCUAAGAGUUUUCAUCAGCGAAAGCUGAAAUCGUUUCUCUAAAUAUCCGUAACUUCUAUUCUCUACUCUUGUUGCAUAUUUGUAUCGUAACUCUCAGUUCAAACCUUUAUCAUGUGAAUGCUACAUUUGUAGUCAAGUUUGCGGCUACCUGCUGACGUUAGGCUGGCGGCCGACUGGCUUUUCUAGAAAUUGGAGCUCGGAUUUGGAAAUGACGUCAGAGCCAAGGAAAGCUCAUUACUUUAGCUAGAUACCCGUUAUAUGUUUGAGGCGGCCACAUUGAUUUAAAUCCGGUGACUGAUGUAAUUACAGUUUCAAGAUGUGGUCCAGUCAGGCUGUUUUUCCCAACUCGGAAGAACUGGAGAAAGAUAUUUUUCUAGCCUCAGAUUCGAGGUGGAAGCUGUACAGCAACACAACAUUGUGGUUCAACUGAGAGGAAAACUGUACAAAUGGGGGCAGAUCAAAUGUAUGUGAAGGCCGUUAAAAAAACUUCUUACAUUUUUAAAUUUCACACUUCAGAUUGAAUUAUUUCCAAGUCAAGCCAAUGAACUACAACUUUUAGAGAAAGUAGUGAAGGAUUUAAACGUAGUAAUAAUGUCUGUUACAGUCAGUUAUAGUCAAAGUAAGUGCCAUGCUAACCAGUAGGUGUUUGGUAAAUGUCUUUGUAAUGCUUUUGUACUAAAUCGGUUUUUAAGGAGUAACUUGAUUUGCAAUUGUCUUUUCCAUCAUUAUCAAAGGCUACAAAUAACAUUGACUGUCCCAAAGCAUUUAAUUUUAAAACCCCCAAUAAUCACCAGUUAUCAAUAAUUUGGACAAAAGUGAACAAACACAACGUCUAAAUGUCAAAUUACAACAUCGUCCUAAUUUAGCAAUGGUAUCGUGAAUCCAUUUAAAGCCAAUACACUUACACAGAUAUUGGGCUGUUGCUCAUUUCAUUUUAUAUUUAUGCUUUUAUAAAUAUGGAAAGUCAUUCAUGUGGCUAUGCAAAGCUCUCUUAUGAAAAUGCUGCAUAUGAAGUUAAUGUAACAGCUACUUGCUGAUCCUUGGCAAUAAAUCAACUGUUUACACACAAAACUAUUUUAUAUUUUCUCAAAUGUACUUUUUUUACAACAAAAAAUGUUUGGGGGCGGGAGGGUUAGAAAUUUAAAAUUAAUGUUAUACAUUUCUAAAGUAAUCAGUAUCCGUUUCCCCAAAUUGCUAAACCUCAAUAUCACAUUUGUUUCUAAAGGAUUUUUCCAUUUCAGCUAUGCUAGCUCAACCAUCUCUGGCUGCUAGCUGAAUAUCUAGCUCAUAAAUGCAAGACAUUUUGGUCUUUUUGCCUUCAUUUUAGCUACAAAUUGAACAACAUAUAGUUUUUAUUUCUCUGAAACACAACAUGGCUGUUCUUUAAACUGAUAUUUCAAGAGAAGUGACAUGUUAAAACGUACCUGGGUCACUCACUAUUUGGCUAACAACAGUGUUCAGUCGCUAAGCUAAAGUUUGUUACUAUUCAGCAAUUCGUUGUUACAAAUGCCUUAAAUGUCUGUUACCUACAUUUUAAAAUGGAGACCUAAAUUGUGCCUUUCGGAUACUUUUUAAUUCUCUAUAUUUUUGGCAUUUGAAACGCGUGCCUUUUGUAAAGUAGCUGGUGACGACAUGAGAAGCUCGGAUUCGCCUGAUUCCCCCGUCAGUCGUUGUGCCGCUGCGUGUUUCGAACACACCCCUGCCAAAGUGGACAUUUAUAGAUCCUUUGUGGAUCUAUGUACGUGAAGCAAAUAGAUAUUUCAAAUGAAAUAGUGUAUUAUGUGCAUGUUUUUGGAUUACAAACGUGGUCUUUUUUUUGGACAAUUGUACAUGCUGUGUAAAUAAUCUUUAUUUUAUGGUACACCGACAUUCAUCGCCGCUGAGUGGGUUGUGGGGGGUUGUACUUGAGAAGCCUUUUACAAUCAUUUGUUUUUAGUAUAUAUAUUAUUAUAUAAAUGUGGAUGAGUGUUAGCCUUUUUUUGUUCUCUUGCUGUAUGACAGUAGCUCGCUUUUUUUUUUUCUCUCUCUCUCUCUCUACGUGAUGCUUGUACAUUUGUCGACUGUUUUCUCCUUACAUACAUAUUCUCAUGUUUUAGCGUGACCUUUUCGGAUCAGAACAUCUAUUGGAUCACAGUAGCAUUAUUUUUCUCAAAACACAUCAGAAUUAAGGCAGUUCAGUUUUUGCUCCGGGUUCAAUAAAGCUAAAUCAUGAAAGCAAGACAAUAAUUUCUUUUUUACCUCAGGUUAUCAAAAAUGCACAACAAUAUUUCAACUCCCCGCCGACAAUCGUUCGUAGCUGAAGGUCCCAUCUUACUGAGGCUUGCAAUGUGUAUCAGUGCUGUCCUAGAAACAUCUUUGGUGAAGUUUCAUUUUGUAUAACUUUACUUGAAUCAAAGCAUUUCUUAGCCUGAUAAAGCAACGGUGCCUUUGUUAUUGAAGAAGUGCAAUGAAUGUUCAGUAUUGGUCUUACGAAUGUUUUUUGACCUCAGUUAAAUGUAAGAGACUCAUCGCCUCCUCAGGUUGGGUCGUCUUACGAAGAAGUAUAACUAUCCACACUACACAUUGACCCUCUAAGUAUCUCAGGUUCGCGGUCUGGAUUCAUUUGUUCCCCCCACACACGUUUGCGUCGAAGAAUUUUACCUCAGCCUAUGCUGUACAGACGGACGCAUUUUGUGCUGGCACAGACAAACUGCCUCCUCGUGCUUUUUCUAAAGCAGACACCAGCGAACGCUGAUUCGAGGGAAGGGUGAACAAAACCGCCUCGGCCUUGGUUUUCUACGGACCCUCAGGCACGGAGAAGCACUGGCUCAAUGUUUUUACUGUUCCCAGUGUCUUUACUCCCUGUGGAUCAGGCUAAACAUUCAGAUUUGUAAUUUACUUAGAGAGUGUUUUAUUGUUGUUUGUUUGUUUUUUUGUAUCUGUGAUGCUGUUUCAUUACGAUGAAUAAAAUGUGAUAAGAAAAAUAAAA